UUCACUCAAAAUGGGACACACAUCUGUGACGUCAUCCAGGCGUAUUUCGCCACGUGGCAGUCCGCCAAACUUGAGGCGAACACCACCAAAAAUUCGAAAAGUUUUGGUGCUGAGAGAAAAGAGGGCCGCUGCUACAGAGGAUCAGAUCAUGGACGAUUUAUUGUUGUCAUCGAAAUUAAAGCGAGUAGAUUCAGCGACAGGGAGUGUAUCACCACGAGUAUGUGCUGCUGAUGCUUUACCAACAACUACCCCAGCCGCUUCAACAGCUUUACGUCAAACACAAAAAGCUCCAAAAACUCCAUACGUGAUUCUACCAGCAUCGGAUACUUUUGAAAAAUUUCGAAAAACUAGUAGAGUAUCUGUUGAUAUUGGUGGUACACUGAUAAAAGUUGUAUACUCUUCUGUAAUGGAUGAGGAGCUUCCAGAAGAAUCUCUGAAUGGUCACACUCGGAAAUAUGCGUAUGAAGAUGGAAAACGAGUACUCGUUAAUUUCAAAAAAUUCACGGAUAUGGAUCGGUUUAUUAAUUUUUUAAAAGAGGUGUGGACUGAUCGUAAAAGAGGAGAUGUGAUUCAUUGUACAGGAGGUGGAUCCUAUAAGUAUUCAGAGAUAAUAAUGAAAGAAUUGGGAGUUCGUUUACAACGAACUGACGAAAUGAGAUCUCUGAUUUUUGGUGUUAAUUUCUUACUCAGUACAAAUGUUGACGAAAGUUUCACUUAUCAUCAUGAUGCGAUUGGAAGAAAUAAAUUCCAAUAUCGUCCGAUUGCCGCUGAUCUUAUCUACCCAUUCCUUCUUGUCAAUAUUGGAACCGGUAUCAGUAUUCUGAAAGUUGAUUCACCUACAAGUUACGAACGAGUUGGUGGUAGUUCAAUGGGUGGUGGAACAUUUAUGGGACUUGGAAGCCUGCUCACACCUGCUCAAAAUUUCGACGAACUUCUUGAAAUGGCAAAUCGAGGAGAUCAUCGUAAUGUAGAUAAGCUUGUAUGUGAUAUUUAUGGCGGAGCAUAUGAUGAACUUGGAUUGAAAGCUGACCUGAUUGCUGGAUCAAUGGCUAAAUGUAAUCGAUUCGAAGAGACAACUAAAAAGCAGCAACAUAAACCAGAAGAUAUUGCAAAAUCUCUUCUGUUGAUGGUCAGCAACAAUAUUGGACAGAUGGCAUAUUUGUAUGGCACUCGGUAUAAUUUGAAAAGGAUAUACUUUGGAGGAUAUUUCAUCCGACAAGAUCCAAUCACAAUGCGGACGCUUUCUUUUGCUAUAAAUUAUUGGAGCAAGGGAGAGAUUGAAGCAUUGUAUCUGAAACACGAAGGUUAUUUGGGUGCCAUGGGCUCGUUUUUGGAUGAGGAUGGCAAAUUAGACGAUUAAUAAUAAAUUCUCCUUUAUUUUCGAGCUUUUUUCUCAGUCAUAAUCGAUUCCCCAAUUUAUAAUUUCAAUUUUUUGAUUUGUUUCAAACGUUUCUCGUGUCGAGACCGAACCAACUUUGUGGCAAACUCUCAGAGAUGAACUAUUAAUUGUAUUUAUUUCGCACAGAGGUCUAUUUAUAUAUGAAUAUACAAAUAAAAAUAAUAAACUUUAAAAUUUUC